AUGUCAUCGGCCGCAACAACUAAUCGCGCUAAUGAUAUGUGGAACAGUGAAGUGAAUACACAAAGUGCAAAACCAACAUACAAUUACGGUCAUCAAUAUGAAUCUCCUGACUUCUACAAUUACCAAAACACAUACCCGGCCGAGUACAACGGACAGAACGUGAGUAAAUACUCGCAAAAUAUUCAGAACUGUGUAAAAUCAGAACCGAUUAAUUGGCAGAAUUACUCGAUGAACUAUGCAAAUGGUAACAGCCACGCGAAUAUGGAAAUGAUAAACAAGUGGCGGGAAAUGAGUUACUAUUCUCAACAGUACGAGAACUACGACUAUCACCGUAAUAGUGGAAUAGUAAAUAACACCGGCUUAGAAGCGAGGAUAGAUAAUGGACGCUCAGUUAAUUCACCGAGUCAAUGCAGUUUGCCUGAUACGAGCUACGGAUCCCCUCAUAGCGUUUCGAGUGCAAUUAAAUCGGAAGACGACGACUCGCCAAACUUGAGGGCUUUGCUUACAAAAUCUAGCACAAACAAUACCUAUCUAAAGAAAUACAGUGAUUCAUACAGUCAAGAAGCUAUACAAAAAAUGAUGUAUCAUUCUUCUGAUGCGGAGAAAUGGGAAAAAGAAGGUAACCUUGAAAAAGAUCACAAUUUGCCGCAAUUUCACGCUGAAUACAAAAACAAUGUUGAUGAACCUAAAAUCGGAAAAGAAGUAGGAAGGGCGAUCGUCGACGGCAAAGGUGUAAAGUCAUCGGCGAAUACCGUAGAAAACUGUCAGGAGAUGACGAGGGUCGACGCAGGCAACAAUGAGGAUUAUGCUGAGAACAAAAUGGCGGCGGUGCCCGAAGCGCAGGGAUAUUAUCCGUGGAUGAAGAGCAGUGGCGCCGACGAUAAAAGGGAAGGCUCCAAGAGAACAAGACAAACGUACACCAGAUUCCAAACGCUAGAAUUGGAAAAGGAGUUCCAUUUCAACAAAUACCUAUCCAGGCGUCGUAGAAUAGAAGUAUCCCACGCCCUUGGUCUUACUGAAAGGCAGAUAAAGAUCUGGUUCCAAAACCGCAGGAUGAAGGCGAAAAAAAGAUGGGAAGCUCACGAAUUCCCCUGA